AACUUUGAAGAAGUCUGUUCCGUAAGAAAAAAGAAACAUACAAGGCCAGACAAAAAGUGCUUUAGGAGAAUGCAAACAAUACGAUAGCGAAACAACUGACAACGAAGUUAAGUGACAUAUUUGGAAAAUAUCCUUGAAAACAUCACAAUGUCCAAGUUAAAGAAGAUAGUGGAGGAUUCCAAGAAUCAGAAAAUGAAAGUAAUUGAUCUAAGUGACCGAGGAAUUCAAAAUCUUAAUGAAGUUCCUGGACUGAUGAUGCUGGAACAUGUCACACACUUGACAAUGAGCCACAAUAAGUUAGCUGCAGUCCCACCAAGUAUUGGGGAACUUGUCAACCUCGAGAUGCUCAACUUGUUUAAUAAUCAUAUUGAGGAGUUACCAACUUCAUUAAGUGGAUUGAUGAAACUGAAGAUAUUAAACUUGGGAAUGAACAGAUUGAGUCAUUUACCUCGUGGUUUUGGUUCGUUUGCAAAACUUGAGAUGUUAGAUUUGUCGUACAACAACCUCAGUGAAAAUUCUCUUCCCUCUAAUUUCUUCUUCAUGACAACCCUGCGUACAUUAUAUCUCGCUGAUAAUGAUUUUGAGACGUUUCCAGCAAAUAUUAACAAACUGCAAGAUAUGCAAGUGCUGAGUUUAAGAGACAAUGAUUUAAUCUCACUUCCCAAAGAAGUUGGGGAGUUAUUAAAAUUAAAGGAACUUCACAUCCAAGGAAACCGACUGACAGUUCUGCCACCUGAAUUAGGCAACUUGGAGUUGACCGGACCUAACAAUGUUUUUAAAGCUGAUCGUAACCCAUGGGUGGCUCCCAUAUUGGAACAAUUCAUGUUAGGAAACUCUCAUGUGUUUGGUUACAUUAGAUCAGAUACAUACAAGUAUUUGCACGGGCGACACAUACACGCCGAACCUGCCCCUCCACCCAAGAAGGAUGACAAAGCGAAAAAAGCGUGCCGCAAACCACUGCAUAACAAAAACAAGUAGAUCCCAAACUCACAUAACACUCGUACAGCUUGUCUAGUCAGCUUUUACACCAUGGUGUGAUAAGCUGCAUGCUCUUCAGUAACUGGUGGUUCCAUCAUUAAUCUCACAGAGAUUGAAUGCAUAGCAUCACUAAUAAUCAUCUACUGUAUGUAAUUUUACUAACUGAAUGCACCUUACUACACAUUUCUGUUUAUAGUAUAUUUCUGUUUUUCAUUUAAUAGUGUUACCAUAUCUAGUAUAUUGUAACAUUGCAAAUAUGAUAUUGGUUUUUAUUUAAUUCUGGAUUUUGUGUGGUCUAACACUUUAUGGUUACAAUUUUUCCCCUCUUGUCCUAUUACACAAAAUCUUGCUAGUAUUUUAUAUACCAGCUUGACAUAAACAAUGAAAUUCUUUAUAUUAAAAAAUAAUUUGUAAUGUUGGACAAUAUUAUUACUUUCCAUCAAUUCCAAAAUUUUUGCUUUGCUGAAUUCUUUACUUUCUUUUUAUUGCAUAUAUUAACCAGCAUUCAAAUUUAUAUCCUCGUAGUUGAACAAACUAUCAUUUAAUUUAAAACUCAGUAUCUUUUAUUCCUUCCACAUUUUUAUGAAACAUCACAAUUCACCAAAUGUUUCCAUGACUGUGUUUAUUAAGGCAUGUCUCACUUGUUCCGAAAACCUUCUUCAGAAAACGUUUUGAGUUCCUCAGUUGCCCACCCACAACUUUUUGCUUGCAGGCACGACCGCAAAGCAAAGUGCCCAUGUAUACAACAAGAACGUUAGUUCUUCAGAAAGCCCUUUCCGAACCAAUUUACGCUGAAAGACAUUUGUGCAAAGCGAUUUUUGUAUUUUCCUUUUUUUCUUCCGUUCUCAACUUUUAGUGUCUUAUCAUGUGUAUAUAAAUAUGUUUAUCUUAUCGUAAUAAUGACAAAAUAUUAGGUAUCUGCAUUUCUGUACAUACAUACCUACGUUUGCCAGUUAAAAUCAUAAAAUAUGUGUUUGCAAAGAUUUUUGAUUCGUUCAGAUCAAUUUUUGCUUAUAAUUAAAAUGUAUACGUUGAAUUUCAGUAUUACUCGGUAUGUGGUGUUGUUGCACUAUUUGCUGCUAAAAUGUAUAAAUAAAUAUAAAACUAUACUGUU